AAACAAACAACCUGACGGCGGAGAUGUUCCUCUGAGUUUAUCGCGUUUAUUCGGAACAAACUCAUGAUUCAUUUCCGGAUAAAUCGGCUCCAGGUUCGGCGGCAAACAUGAGUUCGUUCGCGGGGCGGAUGAAGGAGUACCCGACCGUGUCUCUGGACCGGUUCGACCGGGAGAACCUACAUGCCCGGGCGUACUUCCUGUCGCACUGCCACAAAGACCACAUGAAGGGGCUGAAGGGGCCUCUGCUGAGGAGGAAGCUGCAGUUCAGUCGUACCGUCAGACUUUACUGCUCCUUCGUGACCAAAGAGCUUCUGCUGAACAAUCCAAAGUACUCGUUCUGGGAGGAAUACAUCGUUCCUCUGGAGCUGGAGAGUCCGACUCAGAUUUCUCUCGUGGACGAAGCGUCAGGCGAAAAAGAGGAGGUCGUGGUGACGCUGCUGGCAGCCGGUCACUGUCCAGGCUCCGUCAUGUUUCUGUUCGAGGGUUGCCGCGGUAACGUCUUGUACACUGGCGACUUCAGGUUCGCUGCCGGAGACGCGUCCAGGAUGGAACAUCUGCACUCAGGCAGCAGAGUUAAAGACAUUCAGAGCGUUUAUCUGGACUCCACUUUCUACGACCCGCGCUUCUACCAGAUACCCACCAGGGAAGUGUGUCUAAACGGCAUCUCGCAGCUCAUCGGAAACUGGAUCGGCCAGAGUCCGCAUCACGUCGUGUGGCUCAACUGCAAAGCUGCGUACGGAUACGAAUACCUGUUUACCAACCUGGGAGACGAGUUCAACACGCAGAUCCAUGUCAACAGUCUGGCCAUGUUCAAGAAGAUGCCGGAGAUCCUGAGCUACGUCACAACCGACCGCCGGACUCAGAUUCACGCCUGUCGACACCCCAAGGACGACGAGUUCUUCCAGGGCAACAGGCUUCCUUGCGGCUGCUCGGCGGCCGACGGGACUCCGCUUCGCAUCAUCAGCAUCAAACCGUCCACCAUGUGGUUCGGAGAGAGAACCAAGAAGACCAACGUCAUCAUCAAAACAGGAGCCAGUUCAUACCGAGCCUGUUUCAGCUUCCACUCGUCCUACUCAGAGCUCAGAGACUUCUUGACGUAUCUUCAGCCCAUCAACAUCCAUCCCAGCGUCAUUCCCAUCGGUCGCACGCUGACGGAGGUCACGCAGAUGUUGAAGCUGAUGUGCAGGAAACCGUCGGAUCAGGAAGCGUUCGUUUACAAACCUCUGGGAGUCUUGAAGCGCAGCCGGCCGGAGCGACCCACAUACGACUCGGACAGUGAGGACGAGCUGUUUGAAGGUUUGGAUCUGGCUCCAGUCAGGAAGAAGAUGGGGCUGAGGAAGGACGUUCAAAAAGAGAACCUCCCAGAGACCACAGCACCUCCGGUUUCUGUGGAGGAACCUUCGGCUGUGACGCUAACCGACACUCAGUCUGUUAGCUGCAACUAUGUCGACUGCACCGAGUCCAAUGGCGAAGACGAGGAUGAGGAAGAUGAAGGAAAAGACGUGGCGGCCAAUUCUGAGCCUCCGAAGUGGGACGACUUCUUCACCACGGAGAUGCUGCCCGACAGCCAGAACAGCCACAACAGCCAGAGCCAAUCACAGUCCUCCAGGAUGAGCGGAUCUGAGACUCCCGAGCUGUUCAGCGACAAAGACGAAGAAACCCCCGACAUCACGGACGACUUCAGCUUGACUCUGUCCGCCUCUUUGUCCAACCAUUCCUCCCAGAACAUGGACUCUAGUCUCCCCGACACCCUGAUCCUCCAUCCAGAGCAGCAACGAGGAGACGGGUCGACCAGAACCCUCGAGGACGAACCGUCGGCAUCUCAGGUGUCCUCAGACUUCGACAUUCCCUCCACGCCUGAAUCGAAGGCGCCGCAGCAGGACGAACUGUCGCAGCUGUACAGGAAACUGGCUUCCGGAGAGGAAGUGGAGAUGAGGAAGGGCUCAGCGGUGUCCAGGUGAACGUUAAAGUGGAAAAUCUGCAGCUCCUGAAAUGACUGGAGCUGCUACCGGACACCAGAAUCCUCCAUCUUGUGCCAGUCGGCCGCUAAAGACGCCAUCGAGGCCGAACGUCGAGCUCCCGGAGGAAGCUUCUACUGCAGCCUCGUCACACCUGAGCUGCUUUCAGAUUCCAGGUUGACGCUGCUUCUACAGAAUUCAGUUAAAGCGGGAGGAAGUGACGAUGCUGUUGAAGUCCUCGGAGGAGAUGCUGAGACGCCAGAUUGUUCUCUGCUGGGUUUAUCAUGACGACGGCGAGGACGUGAUGGACACCUGCCUGCAGGGUUUCAUCGCCUCCAUCCUCGGGGAGCAUCUUUCACUUUAGAGACAGAGACAUGAGUCAGAAUGCGCUCUGGUCUGCAGUCAGUCGUCUCCCAUCUGCUGUUUGAUGGAUAGAGUAAAUGUUAAAAGGACAAAAGUGCAUCUCAGUGUUUCUCUUCUUGCAUUAGCCUGUACUAGCAGUUAUCAUUGCUCUCAUACAUUCCAGGUCUCAUUACAUUUGAUUCAGGACUUGUUACUGUCAUGCACUUUGGAAGAAGUUAAUAAAAGUAUUUAAGACACUUUUAAAGCA